AUAUGAAAGUCCUGAGUUGGCGUGCGGCAAGUGAGACAAAUUCAGGGCGAUUCUCUUCUAGCUGCGGCAAAUAUCUCCCCCCCGCGAUUUUCGUGGUCCGUUGCGUCUUAUUAUCUAUCUUUACCUCGACAUCGAGGUAAUAUCUAUCGGUGCUGUCGGUAGCCGUCUAUUGACAUCGUCUACAUCAACUAUACCUACGUAAAUAGUAGGCGACAUGGCGAGCACCGUAGUGGAUUGUUCUCCUCGAGGAUCCGAGUCGAAGACGCCAAACAGCUUCCGGGCGACUAGUUCCGACUCGAGUCUCUUGCCUAAGUCUAGUUCGAUUUCGAUAAGAGCAUGGCGUCACAUGCUCGAGCCUGUCCGGGCCUCCGAGUUUGUUGAGCUCGAACUGCUUAUUCUGACAUUUUGCACCGGCAUCCAAGAUGCCGUCUCCUUCCCCGACUACCACUGUUUCGCGUCGAACCAGACGGGCAACACCGUGUUCCUCAUGCUGGCCAUCAUCCUACCCCGCCUCAACGGCGAGAUGUUCAUCACGACGAGUAUCGGGGCCGCCCUCGGGUUCUUCCUCCUCGGCAGCUGGCUGACCGGCCAGGUCGGCCACAUCGUCGGGCCGCGCCGGCGGAUCUGGCUCGUCGGUUGCAACUUGGCGCAGUCGUGCCUCGUGUUCGCGGCCGCCGCGGUGCAGCACACGCGCGGGAUCCGGCUCGACGGCGUCGAGGCGGCUGCCGUCAUCGGCCUGCUCGCCUUCGCCGCCGGCAGCCAGGUCGUGCAGUCGCGCUCCUUCCAGAUGACCGAGAUCAGCACGGCCAUGGCCACCGCCGCUUGGAUGGACCUCAUGAUCGACCCGGCGCUCUUCCGCCUGCACAACCGCCCCCGCACGCGCCGCGUCGUCUUCCUCGCCACGCUCGUGCUCGGGUCCCUCGCCGGCGCCGGCAUCUACCGGGCCGCCGGGUCUGCCGUCGCCAUCUUCGUCUCGGCCGCUGGGAAGGUGGUUGUCACGGGCAUGUACUUGUUUAACGGUGCCGACAAGCCGAAGCCGAAGACGACGGUUGGGGAGGAGGCGUGUUAGGUCCGGCGGGCGGCUAUGGUGGUAAUAUGCUAAAUGUGCGACGUGUCCGCGUUCGAGAUAGAUAACGUACCUAGUGAAAGCGAGCGAGCGAGCGAGCAAGCGAACGAGCGAAUAGACU